AUGGUGGCUAGCUUGGUUGUCAUCCCUUCUUCCUUUGCUUUCAUAGACCCCAGGACAGACUCGUGGUUCCUGGUACAUUCACCACUCCCUGUCACCAUCCUCAUUAUCUUCUACCUUCUCCUGGUGGUGGCAGGCCCUCGCUUCAUGUCCCGACGGGAGCCUCUGAGGCUGGGAGGACCUCUCACCGCCUACAACCUAGGGCUGGUGGUUCUCUCACUGUACAUAUUUUAUGAGUUCCUGACCACCUCACUUCAGUCUAACUACAGCUACUUCUGCCAACCUGUGGACUACAGCCGGAGUGAGCUCGCGAUGAGGAUGGCGAGAGUGUGCUGGUGGUGCUUCUUCUCAAAGGCGGUUGAAUUACUUGACACGAUCUUCUUUAUCUUGCGGAAGAAGCCACAACAGAUCACCUUCCUGCAUGUCUACCACCACGGCACCAUGCUUUUCAACUGGUGGGCUGGAGUCAAAUAUGUCCCAGGUGGACAGGCUUUCUUUAUUGGGAUGCUUAAUUCUUUGGUCCACAUCUUCAUGUACCUGUACUAUGGACUGGCCAGUCUGGGGCCCCAGAUGCAACCCUACCUGUGGUGGAAGCGGUAUCUUACCAUUCUACAGCUGUGUCAGUUUGUGGCCAUCACUGCCCACUCCGCGUACAAUCUCAUUGCCAAUUGCCCUUUCCCUGAUGGAUUCAACGUGGCUGUCCUCCUGUACACUCUCAGCCUCAUCAGCCUUUUCCUCAACUUCUACCACCAUGCAUAUCUGAGAGGCAAGCGCGAGAAGCUGAUUUAA